AUGGACAAAAGUUGGAUGGAAGAGCGUAAUAGAUCAAGUCUUACGUAUGUGGCAGGCAUCAAUUCAUUUCUCGGCAUGGCACGGGAUCAUCUUGCCAGCAUACUAGCGGACAAGUGUCGCUGUCCAUGCAGAGACUGUAUAAAUGCAAGACCGCCUGUCCCGUUAGAAGAUGUUGCCGUGCAUUUGGCUCGAUAUGGCAUUGCAGCUAGUUACAGAAUAUGGGUACAUCAUGGAGAAGUAGCCAUGCCUCCGCAAAACCAGUUUGUAUCUAGUCUUGAUGAUGAUAUGGAAACCAAUGAAGGAUCUGAUAAUGAAGACAGAAACGAGGAAACUAUUGAAAUACUGAAUGACGUCCGCUUACCAAAUACAUAUGAUAGUCAAGGAGCCUUUGCUGGUGGUGAAACGGAAGGUCUGGGUGAAUCAAAUUCUGGAAAGUUCGCUAAAUUGUUAGAUGAAGCUGAGCACGAGUUGUAUCAUGGUUGUAAAGAUUUUUCGGCGCUGACUUUUCUCGUAGAGUUGAUGCAUAUUAAGGUACUCAACCAGAUGAGCAAUAAAGCAUUUGAAAUGCAACUGGAGUUGCUCAAAGAAGCUUUUCCGAAGGAGAAUAGGAUUCCAUCUUCAUAUUAUGAAGCUAAUAAACUGUUGGGUGGCUUGGGAAUGGGUUAUGAAGCAAUUCAUGCAUGUCAGUACGACUGUGCUUUGUUUUGGAAAGAGCAUAAAGAUAGGGAGGACUGUCCAAUAUGUAAUGCUCCUAGGUACAAACACGAUGACGGGAAGGGUACCAAGAUCCCGCACAAGGUAUUGCGAUAUUUUCCCUUAAAGACUAGACUGAUGAGGUUGUUUGCUAGUAGACACACGGCUGCUGACAUGAGGUGGCAUGAAGACCAACGUGAUAAAACAACACCGGAUUUGUUAAGACAUCCAGCUGAUGCGGAAGCGUGGAAGGAUUUUGAUAAGCGGUAUCCAUGGUUUGCUAAGGACCCGUGCAAUGUUAGGUUGGGACUUGCUACUGAUGGUUUCAAUCCAUUUGGAAAUAUGAGCAAUGCACAUAGCACGUGGCCAGUGGUAAUUAUACCGUACAACUUACCUCCCUGGAAGUGUAUGAAAGAGCCAUUUUCCUUGAUGACGUUGCUUAUUCCUGGCCCACACGAACCUGGUAAAGACAUUGAUGUAUAUCUGCAGCCUUUUAUAGAUGAGUUAAAGGAGUUGUGGGAAGAAGGUGUUGAAGUAUAUGACGCCUCAGAAAAAAAAGAAAAUUUCCGUAUGCAUGCUUCCUUAUUGUGGACCAUAAACGACUUCCCAGCUUAUGCCAAAAUGUCAGGGUGGAGUACACAGGGAUAUUUAGCUUGCCCGGUAUGCAACGAAGAUGCACCAUCAAUCAAACUAAGGAGCAAGAUAGGUUAUGUUCGUCAUCGUCGGUACUUGCCUCCUGGUCAUAGUUGGAGAGACUCGAAAUGUCAUGAUGGGACACGCGAACAUAAGGGUCCUCCGAAAGAGCUUACAGGUGAUGAACUUUUAGCUCAAAUGGAAAAUAUUGUGUUUUGUAAUCCAGGUAAGAACCCGAGUAAACAAAGCAAGAAAAGAAAACGCAGUAUAGAAGAGCGGAACUGGACAAAGAAGAGUAUAUUUUACGAGCUUCCGUAUUGGAAGAGUCAUAAAAUUAGACAUAAGAUCGACGUUAUGCAUACAGAAAAGAAUAUUUGUGACAACAUUGUCGGAACUCUGUUGAAUCUCGACAAGAAAAAUAAAGAUACCGAGAAGGCUCGUUUGGAUCUUGCAGACAUGAAUAUUAGGAAAGAACUGCAUCUUAAACCUAGAGGGGACAAAUUUAUAAAGCCUCCUGCAUGUUAUGUUAUAAAGCCUGAGGAUAGAAAAAAGUUCUGUCAGUUUUUAAAAUCAGUGAAGUUCCCUGAUGGAUAUGCAUCUAACAUCUCUAGAAAUGCUCAUGUCAAUGACGGAAAAGUAUUUGGACUUAAAAGCCACGAUUGUCAUGUUUUGCUGCAGAGACUUCUCCCUGUUGCAAUUCGUCCUUAUUUGCGCAGAGAGGUAAGUGCACCCUUAAUUGAGCUCUGCAAUUUUUUUCAUGAUUUAUGCGCAAAGACUUUGAGUGUUAGUCACUUGGAUGAGUUGGAGAAGAGAAUUCCUCUGAUUCUCUGUAAGAUGGAAAGAAUAUUUCCCCCAGCUUUUUUCGAUGUUAUGGUUCAUCUGGAUGUUCAUUUGCCGCGUGAGGCAAAACUUGUCGGACCAGUUGGCUACAGUUGGAUGUAUCCUAUCGAAAGGUUUUUGGGAACGCUCAAGCGUUACGUGAAAAACAGAGCUCGGCCAGAGGGUUCUAUUGCAGAGGCCUAUAUUCUUAAAGAAUGCUUGACAUUUUGCUCGAUGAAACACAAGAACGAGUUGAAAGAAGAAAGUAAUGUCAAUCUAUCACGGAGGCAAAGAACACUGUUUCCGGAAUGGUUUCGAAAACAUAUACAAGAUCUGCACAGCAAAAAAGAAGCCACAGAUGAAAUGCAAACUUUAGCUUGGGGAGUUGAUGUCCGAGUAAACUCGUACAAAGCGUGUAAUGUUAAUGGGGUUAAAUAUCAUUCUAAAGAUCGUGAAGCUCGAAGGACAACUCAGAAUAGUGGAUUGUUAGUUGAUGGAGAACAUGGGGGAAAUGCAAUUGAAUUCUAUGGCACUUUGCGUGAUGUUAUUGAGUUGGAAUAUCAACAUGGGUAUCGAAUAGUGCUGUUUAAGUGCGACUGGUUCGAUGUGAGCCCGAAUAGAAAUAAAAUUCGAAAGGAUUACGAUUUAACAAGCAUAAAUGUGAGCAACUUAUGGUAUGAGGAUGAUCCGUACGUUCUUGCGUCACAAGCACAGCAGGUAUUUUAUGUUGAUGAUCAUAAAAAUGGCGCAAACUGGAAAGUUGUUAAUAAGAUGGAACAUAGACACUUGUGGGAUGUUCCGGAGGUGCAUGAUCUGGGCGCGACUGUUGACGAGGCCUAUCAGCAAGGUGGGGAUUUGCCAGUAUUAUCUACGUUUGAUGGAGGGGAUGAUGUUGAAGAAAAUGAACUUGACAGAGAUGACGUCCAACCAGAGAUGGUACAAGUGAAUAUUAACAAUCCCAAUGAUGAUUUGUUUGAAACAGAUGACGAAGAUGACGAGACAUUGAAUGAAUACAAUAAUGACAUUUUGGAUGCCGACGAGAUAGUGGUGAAUGGUGAAGACAGUGAUAUAGAGUGA